CUAUCCUAUACUGGGUUGCUUUUACCAUAUGAUUUACUACUGUGCAUCAAUGGGAUCACAUCCCAUUUCAUUCGGUUCAGAGUUGUAGUUCAACUUUUACCCGUUCGCAUGAAGUUUUUAGAACAUUGUUUUGAUCUGGGUAUAUUGCCCUUUAAUCAAAUUUCUUGAGGUUACUUAUGCAUGAAGCUCAGUUCUAUUGAAUGCAUUUUGGUUGCAUAAAAUGGGAGUCCUUUUACUAAAAUACAAAUGGGUUUUUAUCAAUGCCAUUAAUUUUCUUGGUUUCCAUUUCAAGUUUCUUCCUUAAUUGGAGUUGUAUGAAUUUAGUGUUGGUUUUGACCCUAAAAGAGGUAUCAGUUAUUUUGGCUUUGGAAUAAAACUUUUUAACACUAGAAAGUCUCAUUCCUUUUCUUCUCCCCGCCCCCACCAGCUCAUUUUCUUCUCUCUUAAGGAGCCCCUUUUUCCCGAACAAGGUCUAUCAUUUGGGUUAUUUCCUAUUGCUUUCUCUAAUGUAAAGUGGCGUUUGAUAUCUAAUUCAUGAAACUUCUAGACAAAAGUUAUCAAACUAAAGUGUUUUAAAAACGUGGGACAUCUUUCUUUUUUUUUUUUUUUUUGGUUCCUUGUUUAACUCUUCAAGAUAUAUGUGGUUAAAGAAGACGUAAAAUUAGAACCAAAAAAAAGUCAUGAAAUGCAGAGUUCUAGAUGUUGAACUUUAUAUGUGCAGCUGUUCUAAAUGUGCUUUGGCGGACAAUAUUGCUGAGGCCAUUCAAACUUGUCACUGUGUUUCUUCAUGAGGCAAGCCAUGCUAUUGCCUGUAAACUGACAUGUGGCAAAGUGGAAGGAAUUCAGGUUCAUGGAGAUGAAGGUGGAACCACACAAACGCGUGGUGGCAUAUACUGGAUAAUCUUGCCAGCUGGAUACCUUGGUUCGUCCCUGUGGGGGAUGCUCUUGAUACUCGCGUCCACAAAUCUUCUUACUGCAAGAAUAGCUGCUGGAUGUUUUCUUGCUGCCCUAAUAAUUGUACUUUUUGUAGCAGAAAAUUGGACACUUCGAGGACUUUGUAUAGGAUUCAUUGUUUUCCUUGGUGUAACAUGGGUUCUGCAAGAAACAACAAAAUUUCGUAUACUUCGAUACAUCAUUCUGUUUAUCGGUAUAAUGAACAGCUUGUUUUCAGUUUAUGACAUUUAUGAUGAUCUUAUAUCCCGUAGAGUUCACUCUAGUGAUGCUGAGAAAUUUGCUGAAGUUUGUCCUUGCCCUUGUAACGGUGUUGGAUGGGGAGUCAUUUGGGGUCUAAUAUCAUUCUUGUUUCUUUGUGGCGCCAUGUACCUUGCUCUUGUGAUAUUGUCUUGAGGAUUUUGGUGCAAAAAAGUUUAAUUGCUUAGGAGAUCCAGAGAGGUUUAUCAAGGUUAGGAGCAGAAUAUCUGAGGAACUCUAUCUCAUUAUUUACUGAGUAGAUGUCAGAUCAAGCUAACUACAGUAAUUGAUUCUUUCUCCCAUAUUUGAGUCCAUAUACUUGAUUUAUGGCAAUCGAUGAAAUGAAAUCAGGUUUAGCGACUUUUAUACCUUUCAGUAUGAAUUUAUGCUGUGGCUGGAACAUUUAGAAAAUAGUUUCUAUAAAGUUAUUCAAACAGAUUUAGAUCUUGAGCUAUUUUCCAAUUAUGUCCUUCAAUGUAAAAAGACAUUGGAUAUUUUGAUCUUUAUAAGUUUAAUUAAAACUGUACAAAGAAUUAGCCCUAGUUUUGGGGUCAA